GCGAACGGCAGUUUCCUGGACAGCCUGAUCAGGUCGAGCCUCGAGUCGGGGAUCACGAGGGACCCGAGGGCGAUCACGGAGGCCAGGGGCCAGCAGCAGUCGUCCUCCCAGCAGCAGCUCCCGGAGGCGAUGAGGAGCAAAGCGUUGAUCGAUCAGCUGUGCAGAAACUCGAGGAGGACGCCUGUGCCGCGGCUAGCCCAGGACAGCAGCGAGGACGAGAGCUACAGGGGACCAUCGGUGGCGGGUAGGUCCGUCCCGGAGAGGCCGGAACGCGUGCCCACCGUCGAUCUCAGCCCGUCACCGUCGGACCGGUGUCGCACCGACGAAGGGAGCGACCGGCUCGCCUCGCCGCCGACGCCACUCUCGAUCUCUAGGGCUG